GGCAGACACAAAGCCCUUCCCUCGCCUCCACCUCCCCUCCUUCUCUUCCUCCUCCUCCUCUCGGGCGGGGAAAGUCAGCCCCGCGCUAGUCCGCGGGGCCACCGGUCGCCCCCGCCUCCGGGACCUGCGGGGAGGGCCUGCGCGAGAUGGAUAAAGGACUUGUGGACUUUUGAGCUUCCGCCGGAGAAGAUAACAGUUCAAGCCCUCCAGGAUGCUGGGCAGGUGGGGGCUGGAGUGAGAGAUGCUGGCGUGAAGGGAGUCCCAGGCGUGCAGUAGAGCCUCGCCGCGGGAAAUGUCAGCUUGGACCAUGGGCGCCCGCAGUCCAGAGAAGCGAGGAAGUUUCUUUAAGCUCAUUGACACAAUCGCCUCGGAGAUUGGAGAACUGAAACAGGAGAUGGUGCAGACAGAUGUCAGCCUGGAAAAUGGCCUGGGACCCACAGAAGCCCACAGCAUGGUGAGACACAAGGACGAUGGCUACUCCGAGGAAAAGGAUGUGAAGACCUGUCCCCGGGACUCUGGCUACGACAGCCUGUCCAACAGGCUCAGCAUCUUGGACCGGCUCCUGCACACCCACCCCAUAUGGCUGCAGCUGGGUCUGAGCGAAGACGAGGCGGCAGGAGUCCUACGGGCACAGCCUCCGGGGAUCUUCCUGGUUCGUAAAUCCACCAAAAUGCAGAAGAAAGUCCUCUCCCUUCGCCUGCCCUGUGAAUUUGGAGCCCCACUCAAGGAAUUUGCCAUCAAGGAAAGCACAUACACCUUUUCCCUGGAAGGCUCAGGAAUCAGUUUUGCGGAUUUAUUCCGGCUCAUUGCUUUCUACUGCAUCAGCAGGGACGUCCUGCCGUUUACCUUGAAGUUGCCUUAUGCCAUUUCAACAGCCAAGACUGAGGCUCAGCUUGAAGAACUAGCCCAACUGGGACUAAAUUUUUGGAGCUCUCCAGCUGACAACAAACCCCCAAACCCUCCACCUCCCCAUAGGCCUCUCUCCUCCGACGGUGUGGGUCCUGCCUCGCGUCAGCUCUGCCUUAUAAAUGGAGUGCAUUCUAUAAAAACCAGGACGCCCUCGGAGCUGGAGUGCAGCCAGACCAACGGAGCCCUGUGCUUUAUUAAUCCUCUGUUCUUCAAAGUGCACAGCCAGGAGCUCGGCGGAGGCCCGAAGCGGCCCUGCACCCGGACUCCCCCCGACGCGAAUGGCACGGACAGGCCUCGGUCCCCCCCACCCCGGCCCCCGCCCCCCGCUAUUAAUAGUGUGCACGGCAGCCCCCAGCUGUCCGGGCCCGCGGCCGCCGUGAGCAUGCCGGAAACCGUGGCCCAUCACCAACACGGCGACGGAGCUCGGCUUGGAGCGAAACCAACCCCCGUCCCUCCGCCCCGGCUCAAGAAGCAGGCGUCUUUUCUCGAGGCGGAGGGCGGCGCCAAGACCUUGAUCGGCGGCCGGCCUCGCCCGGAGCCCGCGGCGGGCCCGGCCGGCGGCGCAGGUGGAGCCCCGGCGGCGGUGGAGGCGGUGGAGGAGGAGGCCCCGCGGGAUUGCACAAGGGCCCGGCCGGCCGCCGCCCCUGCAUCCCCAUCCCGGGCCCCGUGGCGCGGAGGCCGACAGAGGCUGAGUGACAUGAGCAUUUCCACUUCCUCCUCCGACUCGCUGGACCUGGACCGCAGCAUGCCCCUGUUUGGCUACGAGGCGGACACCAACAGCAGCCUGGAGGACUACGACGUGGAGAGCGACCAGGAGACCAUGGCCCCCCCCAUCAAGUCCAAGAAGAAGAGGAACAGCUCCUUCGUGCUGCCCAAGCUCGUCAAGUCCCAGCUCCGCAAGAUGAGCGGGGUGUUCAGCUCCUUCCUGACCCCCGAGAAGCGCAUGGUGCGCAGGAUCGCCGAGCUGGCCCGCGACAAGCGCACCUACUUCGGCUGCCUGGUGCAGGACUACGUGAGCUUCCUGCAGGAGAACAAGGAGUGCCACGUGUCCAGCACGGACCUGUUGCAGACCGUCCGGCAGUUCAUGACCCAGGUGAAGAACUACUUGUCCCAGAGCUCGGAGCUGGACCCCCCCAUCGAGUCGCUGAUCCCCGAAGACCAAAUAGAUGUGGUAUUGGAAAAAGCCAUGCACAAGUGCAUCUUGAAGCCCCUGAAGGGCCACGUCGAGGCCAUGCUGAAGCACUUCCACGUGGCCGACGGCUCAUGGAAACAACUCAAGGAGAACUUGCAGCUCGUGCGGCAGAGGAAUCCACAGGAGCUGGGCGUCUUCGCCCCCACCCCUGACUUUGUGGACGUGGAGAAAAUCAAAGUCAAGUUCAUGACCAUGCAGAAGAUGUAUUCACCAGAAAAGAAAGUCAUGCUGCUGCUGAGGGUCUGCAAACUCAUCUACACCGUCAUGGAGAACAACUCAGGGAGGAUGUAUGGAGCUGAUGACUUUUUACCGGUCCUGACCUAUGUCAUAGCCCAGUGCGACAUGUUGGAACUGGACACAGAGAUUGAGUACAUGAUGGAACUCCUGGACCCAUCCCUGUUACACGGAGAAGGAGGCUACUACCUGACCAGCGCCUACGGAGCACUUUCCCUGAUAAAGAAUUUCCAGGAAGAGCAGGCAGCGAGACUGCUGAGCUCUGAGGCCAGGGACACCCUGAGGCAGUGGCACAAGCGGAGGACCACCAACCGGACCAUCCCCUCAGUGGACGACUUUCAGAAUUACCUCCGGGUUGCAUUCCAGGAUGUCAACAGUGGCUGCACGGGAAAGACCCUCCUUGUGAGGCCUUACGUCACCACGGAGGACGUGUGUCAGCUCUGUGCCGAGAAGUUCAAGGUGGCUGACCCCGAGGAGUAUAGCCUCUUCCUCUUUGUGGAUGAAACGUGGCAGCAGCUGGCAGAGGACACAUACCCUCAGAAAAUCAAGGCCGAGCUGCACAGCCGGCCACAGUCCCACGUCUUCCACUUUGUCUACAAGCGCAUCAAGAAGGAUCCUUACGGCGUCAUCUUCCAGAACGGGGAAGAAGAGCUCACCGCCUCCUAGGAGACACGCGAGGCUUCCCAGUGGUGCAUCCGAAGAGCGGAGUUAGGAACCUGGCCUCUGGCUUCCACGUGCUUGUGCUUGCAAAGCAGUCACCUCCUUGGGGUCCGCUCGGUUCAGUGACGGAGCCAUCCACAGGCCGACUUGGCCAAGGGCACCUUUAGCCACGACGCCCAAGCACAGUAGCUGAGGUUCAUGAAACAGUAGGAUCCGUCCUUCAGAGAUGGAGAACUGCAUCUGAUGGUUCAGGUGUCCCGAGAUAGUUUGCUGCCUACCCCCAGCCAGGUACAGGGUUGGCUCACGUGUAUGUAUACGUACUGAAUGAACAUUUAAGGUACAAGCUCUUCUCUUGAGUUCAACAGCAGGCGUUUGACAAGACUGUCCGAUGCAGUGCAUCAGGGACCUCUCAGUUCAGUGGGUGCCUUCAUCCUUUCCUUCCUUUCUUCUUCUUUUUUUUACGAAGAGCCUUUGCGUUUUUAUAUAUUUCAUAGAAAUUUUUAUAGCAGUUGCAGGUAAACUGUCAGGAUUGGUUUUUAAAAUAUUUUUGUAACUUUAAGAUAUUCUAUAAUUAUGCAUGUGAUUUUAACAUUUAAUAUGCAAAAAGAAAUCUCUUGCUGGAUUUGAGAGUAUUGCAUUUUAAAAGUCUCUCUUCUGUAACUGGAUGUUUGAGCAACUUUGUGGGGAGAGACUGCUGGGUUUCUUACAGCGAUGUAUUACUGACACUGGCCACAGAAUGCCUUUGGAAAUCCAACGUACUGUUAUUACCUUGUUCACGCUCAGUGGUAUCGCGUUGUUUUGUGCUUUCACCAAGUGGUGCUGGGGAUCAGGAAAGAAAUGAAUGUAGAGAGAGGUCGAGAGGGAAAUACAGACUCUAACAGAGGACUAAGGGGUGGAGUCUGCUGGUUCAGACUCCUUGAAGGAAGUGGGAAAAGGAGAUAAAAGGAACCACCUAUGCUGAAAAUACUGUAAAUGUGCAGUGAGAUUUGCAAAAUCUGUCCCAUGUUAUUUGCUUUCGGAAGCAAUUUUGAAAACCCCACGAGGAAAAAAAAAAAAUAAGAACACCACUUUUUUUUUCCUUUU